AUCGUGGUGCGACGACGAGAGGCUCGUGGCUGCGUGCAACGUUUAUGUUCGAUGCCUGAUCAGUAAAAUUGAGAAGCUCGCGCGAAUCAAUUUGCCAAGCUUCUAAAUACAUUUGACACUUAAUUGAAAUAUGGCGGAGUACAGUGAUAAGCUCUCCGCACUCGUACAAUUUCGAAAAUAGACAGAUGUCAAUGCGACAAGUGUGUGUGCGGAUGUGUGCUGCUUAUGUAUGUACAUGUGCGACUGCGUGUGUGCUGUCUGCUCUCGAAGAGUGAUCGACGACAAAAGAUUUAAUAUGCAUUGUAGCAAUUAAGAAGCAAAGAAAAACGUAAAGAUGCUGCUGCAACAAUUUGCAGAUUUAUUAAGCUUAAUAACAAUAGGAAUGUGCUUUGUAUUAAAAAUUCCGCAAAUAUUAAAACUGGUUUCCGUCAAGUCGGCCGAUGAAAUAUCCACGCUAGGAUUGCUCUUAGAAUUAACAAGCUACACUGUGAUGACUAGUUAUAAUUACACGAAUCGUUACUCGUUACUGUCUUACUUGGAGUAUCCGAUAAUAUUAGUGCAGGAAUAUAUACUGAUAUACCUCGUUCUGAAAUAUUUGAAUAAGAUUAAUAUGUGGUCCUUCGUAUGUGCCAUAACGUAUUUUACACUGAGCAGCUGUUUGCUGUUGGAAAUUGUUCCAAAAAUCGUACUUACAUUUUUAGCGCCAAUGUGUACUCCGAUUUCCGCUUCCAGUAAAGUCGUUCAAUUGCUGGCUAUACUUAGAGCUAAAAACGCUGAAUCGGUGUCGCCUCUCACUUGGUUUAUAUCCGCCUUCACGAAUUUGACGAGGGUGUUCACGAUAUGGAUGGAUUCGGCUGACGUACUGUUGCUGGGGAACUUCAUCAUCUCGGUGCUGCUGAGUUCCAGCAUCAUGUUUUCCGCCCUUUAUUACAGAAGCCGUCCGGUGAAGCAGGAUUAAAUCAACAGAAAAUUACAACUGGGCUAGUCGCGAGAGCGUAUGCUAUAAAAUUGACAACUUAUGCUACAUAUUUGUUGAGAAAAUUUUAACUGUAAAAUUAAGAAUAUUCCACAAAAUAUAGUUUAGCUUAUUGUUAGCUCUGACCAAGAAA